AUGGGAAUUGAGUAUGAGCAACCACAUAUACUACAAGAUGGUACUGCUCAGGUGCCACUGAUACAUGGUGGUGCGCCUUUUCCCAGGACUCACCCAGAAGGUCCUUUUGGGAGGACAGUGGACAAGACAAAACCAUCAAAUCCAUUCUCAAUGGCUCAAAUUCCAAAUUUUCCUGAAGGACUGGCUUCUAGUGGUGCCCCCAUCGAGUUGCAAAAAAGUAUAUUGGGUGGAGCAAAUUUAUUUAAUCCUAGUUUUGGUUGGAACCAAAACCCACAAGUUCCAACCUUGAAUAAUUCUCAAGGUUCUAUUCCCCAUUUAGUGAGGUCUGGAGUUACUAUCGAAGGAAGGAUGGCAACAGAAGUUGAAUGA